AUGAGCAACAAGCGCCUUGCUCUCGUCUCCCCCACUUCUGCGACACUGCUCAGUCAGAAGCCAGCAUCUUCAUGGAAAAAUGCUUCUGACCAAGCCCGAGCCUUUGUAGCACAGCUCAAUACGACUGAGAAAAUUGGCAUCGCUACCGGCGGCUAUCGCAGAGAUGGACCGGCAUGUGUUGGCACAAUUGGGAAAGUCGAAAGGCUUGGAUUCCAGGGUAUAUGCUUUUCCGAUGGCCCUUCUGGAUAUGCUAGGUCAGACGGUGUGAGCAUCUUCUCCUCUGGCCUUACUGCAGCUGCAACUUGGGAUAAACGGCUUAUCUGUGAACAUGAACAUGCUGUUGUCAUUGGAGAAGAGUUUAGGGCCAAAGGUGCUCACGUAUGUCUUGGGCCAUCCUGUGGUCCUAUGGGCCGUAGUGUUCUUGGCUGGCGAAAGUGGGGCCUUAUCUCUCUGGCGUCGCUAUGCAUGCCGUGCUCAAAGCAUUUCAUUGGAAACGAACAGGAAACACAGCGCACACAAACCACUGAGGAGGAUGGAACCGUCAUCAAUGCUUUGAGGUCCAACAUUGACGAACGUACAUUACAUGAGAUGUACCUUUGGCCUUUUGCUGACGCUGUUAAAGCUGGUACUGCCAGCGUGAUGUGCUCCUACAACAGAGUGAAUCAGACCUAUUCCUGCGCGAACCAUCACUUGCUUUCGAUACUGAAGGAUGAGCUCGCCUUUCCGGGCUACGUCGUUUCUGACUGGUAUGCGACGCAUGGCACAGCCUCCUUCGCCAACACAGGGCUCGACCUCGAGAUGCCAGGACCUGUCAGAGCCGACUAUGGUGCCUCGUAUUUUGGCAAUUACCUUCUAGAUCCAGUUAACGAUGAUAACGUGACAAAAGGUCGCCUCAAUGAAAUGGUCGAGAGAGUCCUGACGCCAUACUUCUUUCUACAUCAACAUGAGGAUUUCCCUGCCCUGGAUCCUGCUUCCGCCACUGCCCUAAGCGUCAAUCAGUUUGGUUACAACAACCCUCAGUUCGCAAUCAAGCCCGUACCUGCACGCGAUGUUCGAGGUGAUCACGCCAAGGUUAUUCGGGAAUUGGGUGCCGCUGCCACCGUGCUACUCAAGAAUACCAACGGAACACUGCCUCUGGAGAACGAAAAGGAUAUUGGGGUCUUCGGAAAUGGAGCGCCAUACCCAACCAUCGGAUCCGUCUAUUUCGACUAUGAGAACGCGUCUAUAUCCUACGAAGUGGGUACUCUCGACCAGGGGGGGCGGUUCUGGCAUUGUCCGCCACACCGAACUUAUUGCGCCGUUGGACGCAAUUCGAGAACGUGUGCGAAAACAGAGUGGUCGGGUCCAGGUCCUUCUGGAACACAAGGACAUCAUUGA